GGCGAACAAAAAACAGAAACAGUUGCCGAGAGGAGAGGGAGGAGAGGAAUCAAACCGUACAGGUGGGGUGACGAUAAAGCAGAGCGGACUGUGAUCAGCAGUCGACAGUAACAAACCUCAGUGGAUCCAGUUUCAACAUCGCUGGGCUGAGAAAGGAAGAUGGCCGAGGCCCCAAAGAUUCAACUCUUCAUUAAGGCCAGUUUGGAUGCGGAGAGCGUGGGGAACUGCCCGUUCAGCCAGAGACUCUUCAUGAUUCUUUGGUUAAAAGGGGUCAACUUCACCCUCACCACCGUGGACAUGAGGAGGGCGCCAGACGUGCUGAAGGCUUUGGCUCCAGGUUCUCAGCCUCCCUUCCUCAUCUAUAACGGCGAAGUCAAAACGGACACAAACAAGAUCGAGGAGUUCCUGGAGGAGAACUUAGCUCCGCCACAAUAUCCAAAACUGUGCUGUCGAUACAAAGAAUCUAACGGCGCUGGAGAAGACAUCUUCCGAAAGUUCUCGGGCUAUAUUAAGAAUCCUAAUCCUGGGUUAAAUAACAUGCUCGAGAAGAAAUUUCUAUCCACGCUGGUGAAGCUGAACAUGUUCCUAGAGACGCCUCUUCCUCAUGAGCUGGAGAUUAACCCAGACGCCAAUGAAUCUCAACGCCUCUACCUGGAUGGUGACAAAUUCACUUUGGCAGACUGCAACUUGCUCCCCAAACUCAACAUUGUCAAGGUGGUGUGUAAGGAGUACCGUAACUUUGACAUCCCCUCAGAGCUGAAAGGUCUGACGCGCUACCUGGAAAACGCCUACAAACAAGACGAGUUUCGCUACACCUGCCCGAAUGACUCAGAGAUCCUCCUGGCCUACCACUCUGUGGCCCAGUACCUGAACAAAUAGAUCAACAGGCAGUGAUGAAGCAGCACAUGUGAACGUCAAAAUGUCAGAAAACUGCCCAUGACAUAUUUUUUAUUUCUGUCAAAAUAGCAUGAGUCUGGAUAUUGAAAAAUAUUAGCAGUUCAGUAAUUUGCCGUCCAUAAAAAUGUUGUCAUGAAUUUAGCUGCAGUGUAAAGCGCAAACUGUUUUGUAUAUACUGUAUGUACUAUCUAUUGUGCUGAUGUGGAUUUCUGACGUGGAUCCUGCAGGAGCAAGAAGCACCGUAAACCCCUCAGAACACUUAUGUCUCACUGUUUGUGCGUGUGUUGUGAUGUAAAUUGAAAUCAGUCAAUUACAUUGUGAGGCAAAAAUCUGAUAUUAAACCAUUAUGUUGUUUUAUGUAUUCAGAAAAACACUUAUAUAAAAAGACGAAUGGUUUUGGCUGUAGAUAACACCCAUCACAUCAUUUUGUAAAUUACUGCAUGUGUCUCAGUAGUGACAGUUAUGUUUAAUAGAAAUUUAAUUUAACGGAAUGAAGACGGGGUGAAGGACACGUGAAAAAUACUUUGAUAUGAACAAUAUUAAAGGUUUAAUAUGCAAAAAAAAAA